AUAGAAUAUUUUUUAUAGAUGUCGUUUGUAUUGGCCGAGUAAAAUAUCAGAUAUCAACGUGCCUUUCCUUCUCCCGCUGAGUGAGUGCGGCAGUAUCGACUGAAACACUUGUCCAAUCCUUCGGCCAUUUUACUUUCCCGAUUUGCCGCGUAAAGAUGAUUCUCAUUGAGAGGCCGUGCUCGUCGUAUUUGGCCACACUGACGCUUUCCGAACGACCACGAGCGACUUUCGUUCAUGGCAUCGCGCAAAAUGCGGAGGUCCACGACGGCCGAAUCUCUGGCACGCGAGGUAAGGCGCAUCAGAGAAUGACGUAGCGGCGAGAUCGAGGAAGACGCGAGGGACGCAUCACCGUGAAAGGUGAACGUAGCAGCGGCAGCGGGGAAACAUUUCAAUCGUAAGGAGAGACGGAAUAUAUCCACAAAGAUGUCGAAACGACCAGUAGAUAGCGGGGACUCCAGUUCCCAACCACCUAUAAAAAAGGUGCAAUUUGAACCGAUUCUCAUCGGCCCUAUAUCUACUCUUGAGGAGAUGGAUAUGAAAGUUUUACAGUUUCAAAACAAAAAACUAGCACAGAGAUUGGAACAAAGACAUCGAAUGGAAGCUGAAUUGAGACAACGUAUUGAACAAUUAGAGAAACGUCAAAUGCAAGACGAUGCAGUACUUAAUGUAGUUAAUCGAUAUUGGAAUCAGCUCAAUGAAGAUAUACGUGUGUUACUGCAGAGAUUUGACGCUGAAACUGCUGACGAAUCGGAAAAUAAAUUUUUUCUUUUUUUAAUUAUAGAUGAGAGCGAAGCAACGACGUCGUUUCUUAUGCAAUUAUCUUCCUGGGAUAAAGAAGAAUUAGAUGACAAAUUAGCAAACCGUGUACAAGUGUCAAAACGAGCUGUGUCUAAAGUUGUACAGGCAUUUGAUCGUUUGUCGCAAAGAAAUGAGAAAAUCACUCUUGCAUUGAAGGGAGAGUUUGAUGGUGAAGAUGCGCCGAACAUUGACGAAGUCGUACGUCAUGCUAAUGCAGAAAUACAAAUGGAAAAUAGAAAUCUGCAAGCAAUAAAUAUACAAUUGCACGAGAAAUAUCAUACUAUCUCAUUGAAGAUGUCAGAAUUGCAAGAUACCAUAAUGGGAAAAGAUACACUUGCAGCAGAGUUGCGGAAUCAAGUGGAUGAUUUGCAAUAUGAAUUAAACAAAGUACGUGCGAGAAAUGAUAAAUUGGAACAUCAUCUUGGAGAAGCAAUUGAAAAGUUAAAAGCGUUUCAACAAAUUCAUGGCACAGAUGAAAAAGGCAGCAAUAAACCGAAUACUUUAGUUGCAUCCAGUGUUUCUCAGACUAAGCUUGAAGAUUUACAAAGAGAACUUGAAGAAACGCGUGAAUUAGCUAACAAUAGAUUGCAAGAAUUAGAUAAAUUACAUCAACAGCAUCGCGAUACUUUAAAAGAAGUAGAAAAAUUGAAAAUGGAUAUAAGACAACUUCCCGAAUCGGUAAUUGUGGAAACGACAGAGUACAAAUGUUUACAAUCACAAUUUUCCGUAUUGUAUAACGAGUCCAUGCAAUUAAAAACGCAAUUGGAUGAUGCACGUCAACAAUUGCAAUCGAGCAAAAAUGCCCAUUUACGUCAUAUCGAAAUGAUGGAGAGCGAAGAAUUAAUGGCUCAAAAGAAAUUGCGUGGAGAAUGCAUACAACUCGAGGACGUCUUGGCACAAUUACGCAAAGAGUACGAGAUGCUUCGCAUUGAAUUUGAACAGAACUUAGCUGCCAAUGAACAAACAGGUCCAAUUAAUCGAGAAAUGCGACAUUUGAUUACUUCUCUUCAGAAUCAUAACCAGCAAUUAAAAGGGGAAGUACACAGAUAUAAACGAAAAUACAAAGAGACUUCUACUGAGAUACCUCGAUUAAAAAAAGAAGUAGAAGAAUUGACAACAAAAUUAGGCCAACAAACAUCACAAGAAAAUAAAGAAGGAAAUAAUUCAGAUGGCAGUGGAAAAGAAGAAGACGCCUCAAAUUCUUUGCCGGGUUCUACACAGAUAAAAGAAGAAGGUGGUGUUACGGUAAAGAGAGAAUCUGGUGCUGACGAAGAGGUAGAAACUAUCGAGGUUGGAGAAGGUGAAGGCAACAAAACCACGCCAGAUUCUUUAACCUUAACAUCACCAACUCUAAAAAAGGAGAAAGACAUAAAACGAGAAAAGGAUAUAAAAAAAGAAUCAGUGAAAACUGAACAUCGUGAUCCUACACAUCGCACUAAAGACGCGAAGAUGGCAGAAUCGGAACUCGUGAGGGACUUGAAAGCACAACUUAAAAAAGCUGUGAAUGAAAUGAAAGAGAUGAAGCUUUUAUUAGAUAUGUAUAAAGGUGUUGGAAAAGAGCAACGAGAUAAAGUACAAUUAAUGGCUGCUGAGCGUAAAACGAGAGCGGAAUUAGAAGAUCUGCGACAACAAGUCAAAAAGAUUCAAGAAAGCAAACGUGAAGAACGUAAAAAGUUAGCCGAUGAAGAUGCGCAGAUAAAAAUUAAGAAACUAGAGGAACAAGCGUAUACAUUACAACGUCAAGUCGCUUGCCAAAAACAGGAGGAAGAAGCGCUUCUGAAUGAAAUGGAAGUGACUGGACAAGCAUUUGAAGACAUGCAGGAACAAAACUCUAGGCUGAUACAGCAGCUUCGCGAGAAAGAUGAUGCAAAUUUCAAGUUAAUGACGGAGAGAAUCAAAAGUAAUCAGUUGCACAAACUCGCAAGGGAGGAAAAGGAUGUAUUGAAAGAGCAAGUGUCCACAUUAACGACACAGGUAGAAGCGGCCAAUGUAGUCGUACGAAAGUUAGAAGAGAAAGAGCGUCUCUUACAAAACUCUCUCGCAACGGUGGAAAAAGAAUUGGCAUUGCGACAGCAGGCAAUGGAGAUGCACAAACGGAAAGCUAUAGAGAGUGCACAAUCGGCUGCUGAUCUCAAACUUCAUCUUGAGAAAUAUCAUUCUCAAAUGAAGGAAGCGCAACAAGUUGUAGCAGAAAAGACAAGUUCCUUGGAAGCUGAAGCAUAUAAAACUAAAAGAUUACAGGAGGAGAUAGCACAGCUCAGGCGCAAAGUCGAGCGUAUGAAAAAGAUCGAGCUCGCUGAAACUUUAGAUGAAGUGAUGGCGGAGGAGUUACGGGAAUACAAGGAAACUCUAACGUGUCCGUCUUGUAAAGUGAAGCGUAAGGAUGCCGUGCUGACUAAGUGCUUCCAUGUAUUUUGUUGGGACUGUUUGCGUACACGUUAUGAGACACGGCAGCGAAAGUGUCCGAAAUGCAAUUGCGCUUUUGGCGCCAACGACUACCAUCGAUUGUACCUGUCCACAUGAAGAAGAAGGUGCUGAUUUAUUGGAAAAUAUGCCGCAGCGUAGAGUAAUGUUUUGUAAUAUGUUACGUCUGCAUUUCUCUUUUCUUUUUUUAUGUCUUUUAUUUAUUACGCUAACUUUUUUGUGAAAUAUGUGUCUAUGCGCAAUAUGUGACUAUCUCCGAAUGCAUCGAUAAUGAAUCGCGAAAUUUGCUAGAUUCUUAUUACGACCAUAGCACAGGAGGAUAAGUCGUAGAAGUUAAAGAUAAAUAAAUCGUAAAAGUUGAGUACAACUUAUAAUCGAGGAUUUUGAAAACUGGACGAUUUGUUUAUUGCUUAAUUCUAUUGCUUAUGUUUUUUAUGCAUUAUGGUCUAGUUUGUAAACUACACAAAACAAACGAUAUCUAGAUUAAACGAUGAGUGACUGAACGCGUGAAUGAAUGAGUGCGAGUGAACACGAAAGAGGAAGAGAGAUAAGAAAGAGAUGAAUAAAAAAAAA